AUGUCAACAUAUGAUUCCCCGGCUCCCACACCCUCAUCUCACCAGAACACAUUUGAUACGCGUCUAGCUUACAUCCAAGGAAGUACCUCAUCUCACCAUCAUCAUCAACAUAACGUAUCUACAUCCUCCUCUUCCACGCCUCUGAAUCGUGUACCUACUACACCUUCUCAUCCAGGUUGUGUACUGUGCAGCUUGGUAGCCUCUACAUCCGACCAGCUUCAAAAUCAAUCAUCAAAUUCACACAGUGCACAAACUGCUCUUUUACCGCCAGGUGAGAGGAGCUCUUCGCCCUCUCCUUUACUUGCCCGAAGGAGGUCAGGGACAAGUGUGAAUACCAAUGGGAAAGAGGCGGUGCAUCAAGAUAGUCAAGUGACUGUAUAUAAAGCUGAGGGGAAAGAGCGAUUAUGUUCGGAUGGGAAACAUCUCGUGGUGGUUGUUAAUAAACAUGUAGAGAAUGUUUAUGAAUUUGGUCCCUCAGAUGUCCCAUUGCUCAGUCACAUAAUCGACCUAUCACACCAACUCCUCUCGUCCACCGCCGGUCAAUCAAGUAGUACACCAAGUGAGGCCGAGAGGGGCAAAGGGAAGGGAAAAGAGAAUGAUGUGAGGGUAGGCUUUGUAGGUAGUGUCAUGAAGGACCCACAAAUACCCCAUGCCCAUCUUCACGCGCACGCUAUGGUCGGUCCUAUCGAUACGUCCCUGCCCGGAGCAACGUUCUGGAGGAGGAACGUGGUCUUUGGGCCAAUGAAUUGGUGGGGCAUCGAAGACUUAAGAGCGGAAAUUAGAGAGGAAUCAUCGAACAAUCGGGUGAAAUCUGGCUAUCAGCAUAGGGAUAGGGCUCCUAUUGAUAGAGUGCCAGAUGCUGGGUCAAUAGCCGGUCUACCAAACGCUCUCGACCCAUCCCACUACACCGAUCACUCACCACCCGGCUCGGCCAACAAGGCCGACGCCAUGUCUCGGACAUUAUCAGUGCGUUCAACUAGGGAGGGAGGUACUGGAUCUCCUACAAGCCCAGCCCAAGUCUAUGUAACUCCAUCAAAAGGGAAGGAACCAGAUAGGUCAGGUGGGAGUGAGUCAUCUCGUCGUUCCGAGGUAGGGGAAGGUGAAGGGGAAGAGGGAUACGUAGCUGUGGAUUUGGAUGAUCUGUCUACUGGAGAUGUGGGAGGGAAUGCCAGCGUUAGUAGGGUUGAGAGGGGAGGUAGGAUAUAG